GGCCCUUGGUCCCCAGAGCGCAGCCGCGGUGCGCGGAGUCGCACGCCGGAGUGCUGAGUGCCCUCGGCUGGCACGGGUGCUGGCUGACGCCGAGUGCUCGCACGUGCGCCAGGAGGCUGCUGUCACCAAAGAGAGCAACUUCGCCCGAACAUCCAGGGCCACCACACUGAACUGGAGAGAGAGUCCAUCUUUCCCCAACAUGGCAGGUAAGAAGGUGCUCAUCGUCUAUGCGCACCAGGAGCCCAGGUCCUUCAAUGCGACCCUGAAGAACGUGGCGGUGGAGGAGCUGAGCCAGCAGGGCUGCACCGUCACCGUGUCUGACUUGUAUGCCAUGGGCUUUGAGCCCAGGGCCACCAAGGACGACAUCACUGGUCCCCUGUCUAAUCCUGAGAACUUCAAUUAUGGGGUGGAGACCCAUGUAGCCUUCAAGAAGAGGGCCCUGACCAGCGACAUCGUUGCUGAACAGAAAAAGGUGCAGGAAGCUGACCUAGUGAUAUUUCAGUUCCCGCUGUACUGGUUCAGUGUGCCGGCCAUCAUGAAGGGCUGGAUGGACAGGGUGCUGUGCCAAGGCUUCGCCUUCGACAUCCCGGGAUUCUAUGACUCUGGUUUCCUGAAGACGAAAUUAGCCCUCCUUUCCUUAACCACGGGAGGCAUAGCCAGCAUGUACACGAAAGCCAGCGACCACGGAGACUUCCGCUACUUGCUGUGGCCCCUGCAGCACGGCACGCUGCACUUCUGUGGAUUUAAAGUCCUCGCCCCCCAGAUCAGUUUUGCUCCUGAGUACUCAUCCGAGGAGGACAGGAAAGCAAUGGUGGCCUCGUGGGCGCAGCGGCUGAAGAGCCUGUGGCAGGAAGAGCCCAUCCAGUGCUCGCCCCCGUGGUACUUCGGGCAGUGACCCCGGUGCCUGAGCGCGGCACUGAGACCCACGCAUGCGCCGCAGAAGACGCUGUCGCAAAAUAAGUUCCCGCAGAGAAAAGCAGAACCAGCUUGUGCUGUGCACAAUGAGUCUCGCCGGGUCACUUAAUCAUCCAAUACACUAGCUUGUUUUGUGGAAUUCUGUUGGCCAAUCAGUGUUCAGCCAAGUUUUCAUUUCUUUAGCAUUUGUCUAAUAUCCGUCUCACAAUGCUCAGUCUUCGUGGUGGUUUUGAUUUCUAGAGAGUUCUCUGGACAUGGAGCUGGAUUUGUUCUUUUUUGUUUCGCUGGUUUUAUUUCACCGCUCAUCUUGAGAGUUUCUGUUCUUUUGUAGUACAGUUUAAUCCAUUCACAGCUAAUGUUUUAGUGCUGUUUGUACUUAUUUCUUCUGUCUUGUUUUUUUCUUUAUACUUGCAUUAUGAUUGUGAAGCUUUGAUUGAACAGCUACUUAUCAUGUGUUUAGCUGGUACCAUUUGGUACCAGUUACAAUUAAAAUUUUAAUGCCUUA